CCGGCCCUGGCAGUGUUCCUGCUGGUUUAUGCUUCAUGCGAGGAACGGUGUGUACGCCUUCUUUCUUCCUCUUUUCAAUCGCAAUCAGGGUGAAAACUCUCCGGUGGUGCAACUCUGUAGUCAUCGGACUUGGCGCCGGAAUGGUUGGGGAGUUCUGACUUGUCAGAGUCCCAGAAUGUCUAGAGGCCUGCUUGCUUUCUUCCCUGUACCAGAGAGCUUCGCAGAUGGUUCUUCCUCCAUGGGUGAUGGCAUCUUCUGUGGCAGCUCCGGGUGAGGGGGUCUCGGUGCAGAACUUUCACGCUGCCAUUGCCCCUCUCUGCUUUGUUACGGAUCCUUGGCUGGGCCAAGGUCUUGGAUCUGGACUUCGCAACCACCAUCGUCUCAUCGUCUGAAAACGGGGAAGCUCUACUCCGGUAUGGUGUCCCUGUUAGUCAACCUUUCUGGUUGAGGAUGUUUGUUAGUUUGGAUGACCUCUUCUCUACAUUUCGCACCUGGGGAUUUCCGGCCUUGGGGGUCGUGUUUCUGUAAAAGCUUUGUGGGGUUGUUCGUUGGAGGAGAUGACCGAUUUUGGUCCUGGUUGCGUUCGAUUUUUCGAUUACUGUCCAAACGCCACUCUUUGGCUAUCCACCUAUGCCGCCGGGGUCGCCGGGGCUCCACGGCGGUGGGGAGCUGGGAAUGGAUUAUGGGUUGGCAGCUUCUUUUUCCGGCUUGAUUUGCAGUCCAACGCUUUUCCGGCCACAGGAUCGUCUGGUGGACGCUGGAACUGGAUGGGGUGGCUGGGGGUGGGGGAAGGGGGAAGUGGGGGCGAGGCCAGCUGGUUUGACCUUGGAAGUGUAGUCCCUGCGGCGCUGACCGUUGUAGCGAUGCUGGGCCUUAGGCAUUUGGGCUGACCCGGGUAUCUCCUAAACCCUAGUCCGCUAGGAGUGCAGGUGAAUUGGAGCAGGCUGGAUUUGCUGUUCUCGGGCUUGGGCCACUGCACUGGGCUUCUCCCUGACUUCAGCUCUGGUCCGCAGCUGCUGAAGGUUAUUGUGUGAUGUUGAAAGGAUUUUUUGGGCCUUCACUGGUCCAGCAACUUGGAAGUUGGAGAUUAUUUUUGUUGGGCUGGACUUUUUUCAGGGAUAGAGCUUUACUGACCCGGAACUGAUUUAUGACUUUUUAAUGCGGGUCGGGGCCUGUCCCGAGCUGCUUUGACUAUAAAAACUUCUCUCCCCCUCCCACCUCUCGCAAAGGGGUGGGUGGGGGGUUGAAUGGUAGAUACUAUUUUUAGUUAGAAUAGCUAGCUAGAUAGUUUUUGAUACAUUGUAUGAUGUUAUUUUUGGGUGUUAAAUAAAUUUACCUUUCAUCCAAAAAAAAGAGAACAUUAUGGAAAAGUUUGUGUCUAAGAGGAGUAUACUGUUGUAGCUAAG